CUCAGUGUUAGAAUCGCACGCUGACGAUAUUGUCCAAAGGAUUAACAUCGAGACAGAGUGGAAACAUCAAAACCUUAGGUGAUUCCAAGAAAAGAAAUGAAGAUGACCACAAGCAGUAAUUCUUCGAACAGCACCGACUGCAAAACCUUGCGGAACCCAACAGUGACAAUGGAGGUCCUUCCAGUUUUAUAUUUCUUUGUUUUUGUUGGAGGCUUACUGCUGAACACACUGGCUGCCUGGAUCUUCUGUCAUAUACCAAGUCACUCCAGCUUUGUCAUUUAUCUCAAGAACAUUGUCACCACUGAUCUGGUAAUGACCAUGACACUGCCUUUCAAAAUCCUGUCUGACUCACAUCUUGGGCCCUGGCAGUUGCAAGCAAUUGCGUGUCGUUACACUCUCGUCAUCUUCUACAACUGCAUGUACCUGAGCAUCAUAUUCCUCGGCCUCAUCAGCUUCGACAGGUACCUAAAGAUAGUGCGUCCCAUGAGAAAUCUGACUGUGCAAAAGGUCCCCUUUGCCAAGUGUGUCAGUGUGGGUUGCUGGGUAUUUAUGACAGGCUUUGCACUGCCAAAUGUCAUUCUGACAAACCACACCCCCACAAAGGAUAACGCCGCACGGUGCUACAGGUUGAAAAGUGAGCUGGGUAAAACCUGGCAUCAUUUCAUCGUUUUAAAAUGCCAAGUUAUUUUCUGGAUCACCUUUGUGCUCCUCAUUAUCUGUUAUUCAGCCAUCUUAAACAAGAUAUACUGGUCCGAUCAGAAAGUGCAAAAGGACUCAAGCAAUGUGAAAAAGAGAGUAAAUCGUAACAUUUUCAGCAUUAUGGCGGUCUUCAUCAUCUGCUUUGUGCCUUAUCAAAUUAUCAGACUUCCUUACGAUCAGGGUCGAAAGAACAAAAUAGACUGUACAGCAUUCAACAGGCUGUAUUAUGCAAAGGAAGCAUCACAGCUGCUUUGUGCAUUUAAUGUUUGCCUCGAUCCAGUCAUCUACUUCCUGCUGUGCAAACUAUUUACUAAGUUGUUAUUUAAAAAGAUGCGAGUACAACAGGAUCUUGAAAUAGAAAUGUCUUAAGUGAAACAAACAGUCACUGCCAAAACUAUAUAUGUGCCCAAACAGGACAACUCUAACAAACUAAAUCAUUUGCUAUUGGCUCCUUUGAUCAAGGUAUAGGUCAUGCAACAAAUAUUAUGUCACACUCUUGACUGUUCCUUAUGGGAGAGACAGCAGACACAGGUCCAUUAAAGCCUACCCUGCAUCAUAACCACCUGAUGAAGAAGCAGCGCUUCAAAAGCUGCUGGACUAUAACCUGGUGU